AGGUCGGACGCUCGCUUUUCUUUUGGAGAUUCACUUCUUUCCCUCCUCUCUGUCGCUUCCCCUCCAUCUGUUUGUUGUCCUUUUCUUUUCUGCUGUGGACAGACGGACGCUCUUCAUCAUCUCCACCACCUCCACAUCAUCAUCCUCCAGCUGUGGGACUGUGUGUCGGGCAGACGGCGGGAUGCUUUCCACCGGAUAGACCAACAGAAAGUUGUAGUGUGUGUGUGUGUGUGUGUUUCUGUGUGUCCUAUAGUGUGACUCUGAUUGGUUGAUUGAUUCCAACAUGGUGAGACUCGGAAGUUAACGUCUCACUCAUGAAUUCUUACCAUCGUCACCAUAGUGACCGGCGACCUUGGCGGCAGCGGCGGUUUCCACAUUAUGUUUUGAAACUUUAAAGUUCAUUAUAUAUAUAUACACAUAUAUAUAUAUAGAAAGGUUGUUACCAUAGUAACCAGCAUGCAGGUGUCCAUAGCGUGUAACGUGGGUGGGGGCGGCGGAGGUGGAGGUGGGGUCAGCGAGCACCAGCUGAAGGAGCGGCGUGUGGCGUUGAACACCAGCAAUGCCCCCCCCUGUCAGUCAAAGGUCAGGGCGGAGCCGGCGAACAGGCACACCCUCUUAGGCCACGCCCACAUGAAGGAGGCCCUCGGUCGUCAUAGCAACAUGAAGUACAGGAAUCUUGGGAAAUCUGGCCUGAGAGUGUCCUGCUUAGGGCUGGGAACAUGGGUGACAUUCGGCUCUCAGAUCUCCGAUGAGAUGGCGGAGAGUGUGAUGUCGGUGGCGUACGACAGCGGAGUGAACUUGUUCGACACAGCAGAGGUUUACGCCUCAGGGAGGGCAGAGACGACUCUGGGAAACAUCCUGAAGAAGAAAGGAUGGAGGAGGUCCAGCUACGUGGUGACCACUAAGAUCUACUGGGGAGGACAGGCGGAGACAGAGCGAGGGUUGUCACGGAAACACAUCAUCGAAGGUCUGCGUGGAUCUCUCUCCAGGUUACAGCUGGAUUACGUGGACAUCGUCUUCGCCAACAGGAGUGACAUCAACGCACCGAUGGAGGAAGUCGUUCGUGCGAUGACCUUUGUGAUCGAUCAGGGCCUCGCCAUGUACUGGGGAACGUCACGCUGGAACGCCGUGGAGAUCAUGGAGGCGUACUCUGUGGCCCGGCAGUUUAACCUGGUUCCUCCGGUGUGUGAACAGUCCGAGUAUCAUUACUUCCAGAGAGACAAAGUGGAGCUGCACCUGCCUGAACUUUACCACAAGAUAGGUGUCGGAGCCAUGACCUGGUCUCCGUUAGCCUGCGGCCUGCUGACGGGGAAGUACAACGAGGGAGUCCCCGAGAGCUCCAGAGCCGCCAUGAAGGGGUAUGCGUGGCUGAAGGAGCGUCUCUGCAGUGAUGAGGGGAAGAAGCAGCUCAGUAAAAUCAAAGAGCUCCACCUGCUGGCCGACAGGCUGAAGUGCACUGCUGCUCAGCUGGCUAUAGCUUGGUGUCUACGUAGUGAAGGUGUCAGCUCGGUUCUUCUGGGAGUGUCCAACACAGAGCAGCUGCUGGAGAACCUCGGUUCUAUCAGGGUUCUGUCUCAGCUGACUCCGCCCCUCAUUGCAGAGAUGGACGCGUUACUCGGCAACAAGCCGCGAAACGGAAAGAAGGAGGCAAGGAGCUGAGGAGGAGAAGGAGAAAGACAAAGUAAUAAAAUGAUCAGAAAACUGAGAGUACAAGAAGAAAGGAUGAACUCUGAGGAGACAAGGAAGGAGAUAAGGGAAUAAGGAAGAAGACAAGGACACAAGGAAGGACAUCUGGAAUAAUAAACAAUAUUUAUUCUUCAGGGACGACCACAUCUUUGUCCUUGUGGAGAAGGAGACAGCAGAGAGACUUCGGUUCCUUCAGAUGAUCAGAAAAAUAUCAGAAAUAUUUAUUCUUAUAUUAAUCCUGAGACUCCGGCAAAGAACCACCAUCUGAAGCCAUCAAUAAUCAUAAUCCUCAGGCUGCUGGAUUAUGAACGUUUUUUUUAAAGUUUAUCCAUGAGCGCAUGUUAGAGUUUAGUCUCAUGAUUACAGUUCAAUACGCAUCCAAUAAUCGAUAAUUAAUCAGAUUCAAAGAAGAAAAAGGCAGCUGUCUUUCUGUACGAGGCUCUGAACUCUCCUGUAUUCUCUGACUGCAGUAUAUUUACUAUAAACUAUAAAUCUAUAUUUUAUGAAUGUAGUUCCUGUAGUCUUUAGAUUCAGGCCCAGUGGUGCUCAACCUGAGGGGUUUGGACCUUUUAGCGGUCAUCAACUCGUCACACAAAUCCGUGAUUCAUGUUGAAAGUUGGAAAUUAUUUCUUUCCAACACAUUCUCACUCAUUACAUAUGGACACUUGGUCAAGACCCCUUGAGCCCUGGGGUUGGUUUUUGACAUGUAGGGCUCCGUGGUCAAGUUAACCACUAAAACUACUAAGUUAGGUUUAGGAAAAGAUCAUGUUUUGGGUUAAAAUUACUUACUUGCUUGACAUCACUUAUGCAUGUCAAGUAAAGUUAUUUGCGUAUUUAACACAUUCAAUGUCGACUUCUUGUUGCACAUGAGAAACGAACACCGGCCUUCUGGAUGAAAGUCCGGUUUCUGGCCCACCGCUCACCCCAACCACCUCCUUACUCAGACUUAUAUAUACUUAUUAUAUUAAAUAUCCUAUACCUACCUAGUGUACAAAAAUGACGCUACCGGUCUUCACCCAGUGUUACACAAAGAAUGAGAACGGGUUGUUCUUUAAUUUCCUGUGAAGCAUAUAUAAAAUGUUUUACUUUUUAUUUUAAUUAAACUCACAUAGCCAUGAAAUUCUGCCUGUCCAUCAGGUUGAGGUCACUGAUCGCCGAGCCCCGAAUGAAACCACAUGACUAUUACCAUGACUACGGGCUGACAAGGUUGAUCUGGUUGGUCACAUGGUUUCAUUGAGAUUCCUUCACUAUUAAACCCUUUCUGCUCCUCCUAAUGUAAACAAUACCACUGCAGAAUGCUAAUAAAGUUAUUCACAUCAAAUUAGUGUCUGGCUGCGUUUGUAGGGGUUUCACCACCCAAGCUGGAAGACCCGCUGGGAGGGCUUUGCAAUAGUCGAGGCGAGAGAUAACCAUGGCCUGUACCAGAAGGUGGGUGGCAUAAUGAGUGAGGUAGAGCCUGAUUGUUAUUAUGAUACAUAGAGCAAAGCGGCACGUCCAAGACACACCACCCUGGUUGGAGUGAUGGUUGAGGAGUCAAUUUGUAGUUUGAUGUUGCGGUGAAUAGAUUGCUUGCCUGGAAGGACCAAGCGUUCAG